AUGCUGCAGUACUCAUGUGAAGAGGCCGCUGCUCUUCUACAAAAAAACUUGGAAAACGCUAAAGCCAGUUUAGAAGUUCUUGUUGCUGACCUACAAUUCUUAAGGGAUCAAGUGACAAUUACACAGGUCACAAUUGCUCGUGUGUACAACUGGGAUGUUCAUCAACGCAGACUCCGGCAAGCCACUGCUGCCAAAGAGUCGUGA